GUUCAAGUUGAGAAUUUUCAGUUUGCGAUACAAGUGUCUGUCCCUUGCCAUACGUUGACAGAUCUCUUGCAUCGAAGCACCGACACGAGCGCCAUCAUGGAAGUUGACAACCCUUCUGCCGGCCCAUCAGCACCCGUGCGAUCUCUUGCCGCAUCGAAGAAUGGUCGGACGGCCGGAAAAGCCCAUAAAGAGAGUAAAUCCGCAGCUCGCCGUUCGUACCUCUCUCGAGCGUCAAAACAAGGGUUCGAGCAUCGCAAGGAGCUGGAAUCAAAGAGACAAGCUAUGAAAGGAGUAGAAAAGGAGAUGAAGGAGGAGAAGGAGGCGGAACAGGAGAGGAAACGCACAGCGAUCAAGGAACGACGCGAAAGACAAGAAGAGAAACAGAGAUUGGAGUUGGUUAAGGCGAAAAUGUCUGCUAAGAAGUUGCAACGGAUGAAAAAGAGACAGGGCCGAACGAAGAAGAUCAAUGGAUGAUUUGAUGGCUUUGUGCCUCCGUCCACCUUUCUGAUUAUUAUAAUGACCUUGACGACUCUAUGCAGCUUCAUUCCUCC